AUGUCCGACACCAGCAAUUUGCCCUUGGAGCAGUGGGUUACCCUUGAGUUCCAAGAUCGCGUCGCCAUCAUCACACUCAAUCGUCCAGAGAAGUUGAACUCGCUGCCCAAAGAUGGAUUCUACCGCCUAUCACAAUGCCUCCGAGAGAUUGAGACCCAUGAAGAAGUCUUGGUGACUUUACUCAUAGGCAAAGGACGUUUUUUCUGCGCGUGGNNUGGCGCCGAUGUUUCCAUCAGUCGCCAGACCUCUCCAGGAGUAGACGUUUGGCGACACGGUCUCAGAGAAACAGUCGCCAACAACCUCAACAACACACAAGCGUUCUACUCCCAUUCCAAGAUUCUGGUCACGGCCCUAAAUGGGCCAGUAGUCGGGAUUGCAGCCGCUCUUGUGAGCUUCUCGGACUUCAUAUACUGCGUGCCACAUACAUAUCUGCUCACGCCCUUCUCCAGUCUGGGUCUGAUCGCCGAGGGUGGUGCUUCUGUCGGCUUCGUCAGAAGAAUGGGGGUGGCAAAGGCGAACGAAGCUUUGCUGACCAGUCGACGUCUGCCAGCCGAAGACCUGAAAGCAUAUGGCUUUAUAAACAAGAUAUUCGAUUGCGGAAAAGGCGAGGACGAACGUUUUCGAGAACUCGUGCUUGAUCAUGUGCGCGAAACCAUGGGAAGACAUCUCGUGGCUUCGAGCUUGAUCGAGACCAAGGCUAUAGUCACGGCCGCGAUGCGGAGGGACAUAGAUAGUUCAAUGGUGGCUGAGUUAUUUGGAGGGCUUAAGCGAACGGCUUUGGGCAUCCCGCAGAAGGAGUUUGAGAAGAUCAGGACUGGAGCAAAGAGACACAAGUUGUAA